AUGAUGAUCUAUUCCAUAAUCCUUGGUCGAAACAGCAAGAAAUCAAUUGUCGACGUCUACCUCGCUAGCCUCGGCGGUGGCAUGAACAUCUCCCUCAUCUUCUACGAUUUCCAACGAUGUCGCUUUGCCCUCAAAGUCGUCGGGAAGAACAGAUGCUUCGUCGAAGGCGUCCUCCACCUCCCUACAUCCUUAGAGGUUCUCUGCCCGCCACAUCCCUCACUCUCCUCCACCCCUUCUGUUGUCCGCUACAUCUACCCUUUGCAUGGGUUGCGUUGCCUCCACCGCUGCAUCACUCUUCCAAGAAGGGGCGGGGGUAGGAUAUCGAGUGAUUAUUUGGACGAUGAUGAGGAAGACACCAAUAACACUAUUGUUGCUAGUGCUAGCAAGAAAUUACAGAGAGAAUGGCAUGAGAUGUUUGGAUAUGGUGGAUUGAGAGGAAAGACAGGGUCAUCUGGACAAUUAGAGAAAAAGUCAGAAACUAGGUCAAGAGCUACAGUGCUUUCUGAUCUUUGUGGUCCACGAGAAUGGAUGCCCAUGGCAAAACUUCAUUUUGAGAUCGUAGAGCAAUAUGGAAAUGUUUGGCAUCAAAGGACUGGCCUGUCAAUGAAUCCAAGGGAAAACCAUGGUUAG